GAAGUGGGCGUGGCAUGAGGCGGGCGCUAGGACCCGCCGGAGCCGCGGACGUCACCGAGCGGCGCCGCGGGUUGAGCGGGAGGCGCGAGCGGCGCGGUCAGUGGUCCCCCGCGUCCGGGCCGGGCCCGAACCGGGGCGGGAACCGAGGCUGCAGCAGGUAGCAAAAAGGAUGACUACGCUCACGCGACAGGACCUCAACUUUGGCCAAGUGGUGGCCGACGUGCUCUGCGAGUUCCUAGAGGUGGCAGUGCACCUGAUCCUCUAUGUGCGGGAGGUCUACCCGGUGGGCAUUUUCCAGAAGCGAAAGAAGUACAAUGUGCCGGUCCAGAUGUCCUGCCACCCGGAGCUGAAUCAGUAUAUCCAGGACACACUGCACUGCGUCAAGCCGCUCCUGGAGAAGAAUGAUGUGGAGAAAGUGGUGGUGGUAAUUUUGGAUAAAGAGCACCGCCCGGUAGAGAAAUUCGUCUUUGAGAUCACCCAGCCUCCGCUGCUGUCGAUCAGCUCAGACUCCCUGUUGUCUCACGUGGAGCAGCUGCUCCGAGCCUUCAUCCUGAAGAUCAGCGUGUGCGACGCCGUCCUGGACCACAACCCCCCAGGCUGUACCUUCACAGUCCUGGUGCACACGAGAGAAGCUGCCACUCGCAACAUGGAGAAGAUCCAGGUCAUCAAGGACUUCCCCUGGAUCCUGGCGGAUGAGCAGGACGUCCACAUGCAUGACCCACGGCUGAUACCCCUAAAAACCAUGACGUCAGACAUUUUAAAGAUGCAGCUCUACGUGGAAGAGCGAGCUCAUAAAAGCAGCUGAGGCUCACCUGCCACCCCACUGAUGCCAGAACUGUCAGAUUUUGGGGGCCCCCAGCCUAGGGCAGCGCUGCAGGACCACCCUUAUUCCAAGUGCUCUUACUGCCUCUAUGUAAGGACCACCCGCCCUCCAGCCCAGGGCUGCUCAGGUCUGGUUGCCUUCAUGGAGGAAGCCUCCCCCAGGGCAGUGAAAGAUGCUGGGACCUUGAUUCCUCAGCCCCCUGGGGUUCAGCGGCCAACACUGUCUUGUCUCAAAUACUGUACUGUGAGUUGUUUCAAUAAAGGGGCCCCAAGGGCUGGGCUGA